AUGCCAAAGACCUACGCUUGCUCUAGCUGCAACCAAACUUUUCCCAAGUUCGCCGACUGCAAGAUACACGAGGCCAUGCAUUCACCAGAAAAUGCGUACUUCUGCACCUGGGACGGGUGUCACUUUGUGACGUUGCAUAAAUCAAGCUUCCUUGUCCAUACUGAUGGACAUACGGGCGAGCAACGCUACAUCUGUCCUAAUGAUGGCUGUGACUACAGAACUCACAUCCCUUCCAGCCUCACGUACCAUCGCAAGAAAGAACAUGGGUUUGUUCCUGAGCCGCGUGGCAAUCGUCGUGACGCGGCCCAGUCGUCGCCCCAGCCUCCGCCGGUGGGAGAGCCCCUUCCCCUUGGUACAUUCUACCGAUACCCAUACCAACUCCAACCCGUGCAACCGCAACCGCAGGCGAUGCAAUCCUAUCCCGCCCAAUACCAACCCAUGCAACCGCAGGCGAUGCAAUCCUAUCCCACCCAAUACCAACCCCAAUCCACUCAAUACCAGCCUCCCCCACCUAUCCACAACCAGUCGCUGGGAGUCUUAUACGGCUCAGCAGAUACCGCAGUCGACUAUACCAUGUAUGCCGGACCUGCGAUGGCCGCAAAUGGGUGGACUGAGGGAUGCAUGUUUCCUGAGAUGAUGCAGAGACGCCCUUCGGACAUGCCAGGGUAUGAGUAUAGGCGUGCUUAG